AUGUCGGGGUCUUUUUGGAAGUUCGGACAAGACUUUAGUUCACAAUCUUCCUUAUCUAAAUUGCUGAAUAGAGCUUUCAUUAAGAUUGAUGAUGAGCAUAUAACUGCGGAAACAAAGGGAAAAACUGACACUAGUAGCACAGACGAAAGUUUGGAAAGCGCUUCUUUCAGAUCAGCAGAUGAGGAUGAAGGGGAUCGUGAGCUGCCCAACACGGAAGAAGAAUACGAAGCUUAUAAACCAAAUCUGUACCUUUUAGAUGAACUCUUAGAUGAUGAAGAGUUAUAUACAGAACUAAUGUGCUCAAACUUCAAACUGCUAGUAUACUUAAAAUAUCCUGAAGUUUUGUCCAGGUUGAUAGAUUACGUCAGAAAUAAUACUAUACUUGACUCCGGUAUCGAUAGAUUUAUUUCAGAAGGCAAUAAUUUAGUACAUGUUCAAGACAAGGACAUAACAGAGGAUCUUGAAAAUGAUAAAAAAGGAGCAAAAAGUACUAAUGGCAAUUUUGAAAAUAAAGAUGAAAUUCAUAGUGACAAAGAAGAGGAAAUAGAAAGUGAGGAAAAGGAUAGUGCGUCUGAGGAUACGAGGGUAACUCUACCUCAUGAAAUAGAGGAGCACGAUGAUAUUCGAAGAGCCAGAAUAGCGGCCGAAAUACUAUCCGCCGACGUGUGGCCUAUAUCGUCUGCUUUGAUUGAAAAUGAGGUACUCCUGACAAAGCUAUGGUCAAUCCUUAACCAUCCUUCUCCAUUGUCAAUAGAAGCGUCGACAUACUUUAUGAAAAUAAAUGAACGUCUUUUGGAUAUGAAUAUGGAUGGAAUUAUCGAAUUCAUACUAAAAAAAAAACACAUUGUUGACGAUUUUUUGGCACAUAUAGACAAUCCGCCCUUAAUGGAUUUUCUUUUGAAAGUAAUAUCGACAGAUAAACCAGAAAUAUCAAACGGAGUGGUCAAACUGUUUAAGAGACAGAACUUGGUUCCUAAGUUAAUUCAUUUGCUUGAUCCUAUGUUUGAUUCUUCCACGCAAUCUGCAGCGGGCGAUUUUCUAAAGGCUCUUGUCACCAUUAGCGGUAACUGUCCUAAUGAAAUCGCUUCUAGCAUUGGGCCUAAUGAAUUAACAAGACAAUUAGUUUCUCCUGAUAUGAUGGAACAACUUAUGGAUAUAAUGCUCAAGGGAGGCACAUCACUGAAUAAUGGUGUUGGGAUUAUCAUUGAAUUGAUAAGGAAAAACAACUCUGAUUAUGAUGCUAUACAGACGAAUUACACUACUAUCAAAUCCCAUCCUCCGACUGAUAGAGACCCAAUUUAUUUGGGCUAUUUGGUUAAAAUGUUUUCAGAACGUAUGCCCGAAUUUAACAAAAUACUAACUGAAAAGAAAAUUCCGCUUUUGCGAACAUCCUAUGGAACGAUUGAACCUUUGGGGUUCGAGAGGUUCAAAAUUUGCGAACUUAUUGCAGAACUAUUACACUGCUCCAACAUGACUUUAUUGAAUGAACCGAGUGGUUAUAGUAUUGUAAGAGAGCGUGAUGUUGAAAGAGAGAGGAUUUUCAAUGUGGAAAAUAACGUGAAUUCCAACGACUAUAGUGAAUUCAAAGAAAAAGAGAAUGAGAAUGAGACUAAUCUUGAUGAAGAGGAAGAAGAUACGAAUCGUGUAGAAUCCGCUGAUACUUCGAUAGAUGGGGAAGAAGUUAUUGAUAAACUAAACUCUCUACAAAUAGAGACCAAUAAAGGUAACCAGAAAUUGAACGAUGAAGAGAAAGAUGGUGCAAUGCUUAACUUUAACAGUGGCGAUCCAGAAGACGAAGGAAAUGAAAAUCCGUUUGAACCUCAAUAUUCAGACGUCAUUCUAGAUUCUUCUGAUAUGGAAAAGAAAUUUCGAGUCUCCCCAAACAUUGGCGAUCAGCUGAAAAUUGCUUUGCAGGAUACUAGGGUGAUUGAUACUAUGCUGGAGAUGUUUUUCCACUUCCAGUGGAAUAAUUUUCUUCAUAACGUAGUCUACGAUGUUGUUCAACAAAUUUUCAAUGGUCCACUGAAAGUAGGUUAUAAUAGAUUCCUUUUAAGCGAUCUCUUAACCAACAUACGUUUGACAGAUAUGAUUAUCAACGGAAAUAAAGAAUGUAUUAAAUAUGAAGAGGCACAUAACUCAAGGCUUGGAUAUAUGGGCCACCUAACUCUAAUUGCUGAAGAAGUCACCAAGUUUACUGCAUACAUCGAAGAGAUGAAUAUUAGCUUUGAGAACACUGAAGUAAUGAGCUCUUUCUUUGAGAACAAAUGGAUUAAAUAUACCGAGGAUGUUUUAGAGGAUUUAAAGGAAAAAUACAAUGCCAUAUUAGGUGACGUCGCCGAAGAUGGAGAAAUAUUGGAAGAUGAAGAAGAUGACGCUCUAUACGAGAAGGGAAAGCAUUCUGUAAGCACCGUCGAUGACUAUAUUAAUGAUAUAAUGCAAAUGGACAACGUACGAAACCAAGGAGACGAUGACCAAGGAGAAGAAUAUGCUAGCUUUGAUGAAGAUGAACCUCAAAGCUAUUGUAAUGAUACGUCUAUCAAAAGGAAAGAAUCUGACCCAUCCAAUGAUGGAAGUGAACAAGCGCAGUUAUAUUACGAAUACGUCAGUGAAGAUGGUACGAGAACGAGGCUAAACUUCGAUCCUGUCCCUGAUUCCACCAAAAAAGCUCUAGAUGAAGCAGAUAGUAAUGAUAAAAUACCCUUGAAACUCAAACGAAGUUUUACGGAUGCAUGCAAAUCCGAAAUAAUACCGAGUGGUACUGUUCAUGCUGAAGAAGAAAGUGUAUUUCAACUAAGCACGGAACUUAGCGACGGCUGGGAGUCAUCACCACUAAAUUCUGUACCUAAAAGAGCUUCUCCAUCCAAAAAUGGUGUAGACUCACCUAUAUUUCAACAUCAAUUCGAGCUCAAUAGUCCAAUUGAUCAAUGUGGCGGCCGAAAAGAUGAAAUAUUGAACACAGAUCGCAAUGACUAUGACAUAGAAGAAUACGAUGAAUUGAGCGAUGACAGCGAUGAAGAGUACGAGAAUUGCGAAGAUGAAGACAAUUUAGAUUAUACUGCUUCUAAUGCAUAUGCAUUAUGUAGGUCUAAAAGUAAGGACAAGAUAUCGUGGGAUGAAGAAGAGCAGGCAAGACUAAUGGGUGUUGUAAAAUUUAAUUCAGAGCAUUACAGGGACUAG